AUGUCCUGGCCCUCGUCUUUCCACGGCACCGGCAGCAGUGGCGCGGGCGGAGGCAGCUGCAGGCGGCGCCUCCGGCUUCUCCGAAGCUUCCAGGAUCUCGGCCGCCAGGCGUGGGCUGGCUUCGAGGCGGAGAAUGGGCCUACACCGUCCCCCGCCGGCCGGCCACCAGCCAGCGCCGCGAAUCUUUCCUCUACCGCUCCGACAGCGACUAUGACAUGUCGCCCAAGACCAUGUCCCGGAACUCGUCAGUCACCAGUGAGGCGUAUGCUGAGGACCUCAUCGUGACGCCAUUUGCCCAGGUGCUGGCCAGUCUCCGGAGUGUCCGCAGCAACUUCUCACUCCUGACCAACGUGCCCAUUCCCAGCAACAAGCGAUCCCCACUGAGUGGCCCAACCCCAGUCUGCAAGGCCACACUGUCAGAGGAGACAUGUCAGCAGUUGGCCCGCGAGACGUUGGAGGAGCUGGACUGGUGUCUGGAGCAGCUAGAGACCAUGCAGACCUACCGCUCAGUCAGCGAGAUGGCGUCGCACAAGUUCAAGAGGAUGCUAAACCGGGAGCUCACACACCUGUCAGAGAUGAGCAGGUCAGGAAACCAGGUCUCUGAGUACAUCUCCUCCACGUUCCUGGACAAGCAGAAUGAAGUGGAGAUCCCAUCACCCAUGAUGAGGGAUGGAGAAAGGGCACCUCGGCCGAGACCCUCCCAGCAGCCCCCACCCCCGGAGCCACAGUUCCAGCCUAUGUCUCAGAUCACGGGGGUGAAGAAGAUGACGCACAGCAGCAGCCUGACGGACGCCAGCAUACCCCGCUUUGGGGUGAAGACAGACCAAGAGGAGCUCCUGGCCCAAGAGCUGGAGGACCUGAACAAGUGGGGCCUGAACAUCUUCCACGUGUCAGAUUAUGCCAGGGGCCGCUCCCUCAGCUGCAUCAUGUACACCAUAUUCCAGGAACGGGACCUCCUGAAGAAGUUCCACAUCCCGGUGGACACGAUGGUGACAUAUAUGCUGACUCUGGAGGACCACUACCACCAGGACGUGGCCUACCACAACAGCCUGCACGCCGCCGAUGUGCUCCAGUCCACCCACGUGCUGCUGGCCACACCUGCGCUGGACGCUGUAUUCACAGACCUGGAGAUCCUCGCAGCCCUCUUUGCAGCUGCCAUACACGACGUGGACCACCCCGGGGUCUCCAACCAGUUCCUCAUCAACACCAAUUCGGAGCUGGCGCUCAUGUACAAUGACGAGUCGGUGCUGGAGAACCACCACCUGGCCGUGGGUUUCAAGCUGCUGCAGCAGGACAACUGUGACAUCUUCCAGAACCUCAGCAAACGCCAGCGGCAGAGCCUGCGCAAGAUGGUCAUCGACAUGGUGCUGGCCACCGACAUGUCCAAGCACAUGACCCUCCUAGCUGACCUGAAGACCAUGGUAGAAACCAAGAAAGUGACCAGCUCAGGGGUCCUUCUGCUGGACAACUACUCCGACCGCAUCCAGGUCCUGAGGAACAUGGUGCACUGUGCGGACCUCAGCAACCCCACCAAGCCGCUGGACCUGUACCGCCAGUGGACAGACCGCAUCAUGGCCGAGUUCUUCCAGCAGGGCGACCGCGAGCGGGAGCGCGGCAUGGAGAUCAGCCCCAUGUGCGACAAGCACACAGCCUCGGUGGAGAAGUCUCAGGUGGGGUUCAUCGACUAUAUUGUGCACCCACUGUGGGAGACAUGGGCUGACUUGGUCCACCCAGAUGCCCAGGAGAUCCUAGACACAUUGGAAGAUAACCGGGACUGGUACUACAGCGCCAUUCGGCAGAGCCCGUCGCCACCGCCUGAGGAGGAGCCGGAGGGGCCGGACCACCCAACCCCACCUGAUAAGUUCCAGUUUGAGCUGACGCUGGAUGAAGAGGAGGAGGAGGAGGCGUCCUCUGCCCUGGGUGCAGUUGAGGUGCAGGAAUUAUUCAUGGCUCAGGAUGCAUCCCCAGCGGAGGAACUGUUGGAUGUCGAUGGCCAAGACGCAUCCACCGAGGUGGACGUAGAGGAAAUGUCCUUGACACAGCAAGCAGACAGUGUGGCUGUGGGCCAGGACGAGUCCAUAUCCCCAGAUGCGUUGGUGGAUGCCAUGGGCUGCAGCAGCCCCCACGCCCUGUCUCCAGAGAGGCCCGCUCUGCCUGCCUUGAGGACCCCACCCACUCCAGAGGCUGCCCCGGGCCUCCUGGGCCUCCCCUCCAUGGCAGCCGAGGUGGGGGCCCAGAAAGAGCAUCAGGCUGCCAAGAGGGCGUGCUGUGCCUGCACUGGGACAUUGGGCGAGGACCCACACACACUCCCAGCCCCUGGUGGGUGGGGGUCUGCUGGAGGCCCUACCUGAGCCUCAGCCUCGACACCCUCUUACCCUUCCUGCCUCCUUUCACCACCAUCGUCCCCCGACUGCCUCCUUCACUGCCUCAAAGACUCUUCGGCCUCCUGAGAAAAAAGAAAACAGAAAAGUGGGGUUUUUUUCUCUUUUCUUUUUUUCCCCUUUCCCCCCCCAACCCAACCCACAGGGCACAUUUCGGAGGUGGGGCCUGGGGAAGGAGGGGCUGAGGUUCUGGAAGGGGUUUUAUUUUUGGAAUUUUCAUUGUUACAUUUUUAGAAAAAAAAAAAAAACAGGGAAAAAAAAAAACAACAGGAUGAAACACAGCAACUGUAGAUGCUCCUGUUCCCGGCUCCCCUGGUCCAUCUCCAACCCCACCCCACGCCCCUCCCAGGCCCCAGGCCCAGUCUUCCAGCCUCUGUGGGCUCUCCACCUGAGCCCAAGCAGGCAUAAGGUCUCCUUCCAGGCUCUUCCUAAAUUUGGAGGGUUUCUAGAAUCCAGCCAGGGAAUAGCCAUUCUGGGCAGGGGCCCAGUGCGGCGGGUCACUGUGAGAGGCCCCAGCUCCAGCCCCUCUCAGGCUCACUGCCUCCCCGCCAAGUCUUCCACCUCAUUUUGCACAAACCUGGCAAUAUUGACUCGGGGACAGGCUUGGGGAUGCUGUACAACUUAGGAUGCUGGGAGGGGAAGGUGUGAGGGGGACAUUUGCACCACCAGCCUGGGGUCUGCGCUCUGAGGAGGGCCUGAUCCACUUGCCACCCCCGUCCCCUUCCACUUUGGGUUCCGUUUGACUUUUCUCCAUUUUGGGGGGACAGCUCCAAGCUGCACCCCCUUCUUCCAGCUGCUUCUCCUCUUGUUUCUGCCUUAAUGAUUCUCAUGGCCAUAGGAGAGGGUUGCAGUGGCUCCCACCUGCACCUUGGGUGGGGCGGGGCCAGACCCAGAGCCCCAUCUUAGGCAUCCCCCCAGCAUCCUCCUGCCCCCCUCCCUGACCCUUUGCCCUAGGAGGAAGCAAUAAUGGUGUACACCCACAUUCCCUUUCUGGGCCUCCUUCCCUACCCUGGCACCAAAGUCAUUUCUCCUUUGUUCCACCUUGCCAAGCUGCGCACUCUCCCUUAACUAUUCCCCAAGCAAUA